AAAGUUAGGUCAAAGGUCGCAUCAACGCAUCAACAGUUUGGCAGUCGUAGUUCAAGUUGUUCAUAUUUUCGUUUUUCGCUAAACCAAAUAACCUACUCGCGGUGAUCACCAAGACAGGAUAUGCUGCCACGCAUGGGCUAGAUCAACUUCUAGUAUCCAGCAAUACUUCUUGCACCCGCUUCAGGAAGACUCUUACCCAUGGUCUCACGCUUGUGAUACAUGUACAAGCUGUACGGUGAGUCCCCGGCAUAGGGGCACCAGACAGCGUAGUUAGCGCGACAGCGCACGGAUGGCGUCGUACGUGCCACCGCCGAUGUACAACGGUCAUAGCGGGACGUCGUCGCCGUCGUCGCCGCCGCCGAAGAUGACGGACGAGCAGCUGCUGCAACUCGGCCCGCAAGAGCUGGUGCGGAGGCUGCAGCGCGCCGACGCCGAGCGCAUGCAGAUGAUGCUCGAGCACGGCGCGCUGAUGAAGGAGGUGAACCGGCGCAUGCACCUGCACCUCGUCGAGAUCCGCGGCCUCAAGGACGUCAACCAGCGGCUGCAGGACGACAACCAGGAGCUGCGCGAUCUUUGCUGCUUCCUCGACGACGACCGGCAGAAGGGCCGCAAGCUGAGCCGCGAGUGGCAGCGCUUCGGCCGCUACACGGCCGGCGUGAUGCGCAGCGAGGUCGCCUCCUACCUCGGCAAGCUGCACGAGCUCGAGACGAAGCAGGCCGAACUCGUGCGCGAGAACGCCGAGCUCAAGGAGCUGUGCAUCUACCUGGACGACGAGCGCGUGAAGGGCGAGUGCGCGUGCGCGCACUGCGGCGGGCCGCUCGCCAGCCGCGAUCAGGGCGACGGCAGCAGCGCGAGCAGCACCAGUCCCAGUGGCGAGGGCAGGAGCACCGAGGACGGCUUCAAGAGGGAGAGGGAGUUGGCUGACAAGGAUCUGAUGCGGCACCGAGGCAUCAUCACAGAGCAAACUGUACAGUACAUCAGACGUUUGGAAGAGAAAAUCCAUCAACUUGAGGAUGACACUGUCAUUGACAAUCUGCAGCCGAUGGAGGCACGGCCGACGGCUGGUCGAGAGAUGGCCCAGAAAGCAGACAUGCCGGUAGGAGUGCACCAGUCUUACCUGCCUUACAAGAGCCAACCCAUCAGUAAUGGCAUGCCUACACACAGUAGAGAGGCCACCUUGACACCGACGGAUGGCCGGGACGUGUCUAGCAAACCAGAAGCAAUUGUUCAUGCCAUGAAGGUUCUUGAAGUACAUGAGCAGUUGGAUCGACAGACCAAUGAAUAUGCAUCAGAAGACUUGAAUGAUAAAGAGAAAGCAAUUGUCAGAGAGAUGUGUAAUGUUGUUUGGAGAAAACUGGCAGAUGGACCUAGCGUGCCAAAUGCAACCGCUUCAACUGCUAAUUCUGUGCCAAGCAGUUACUAAUGUGGUGCUUAUACACAAAGUGGCUCUGCGUAAUGUGCAAAUCUACGUCGCAGCAAGGGUGAUAAAAAGACACCGUUGCACUUGAAUAAACUAACCUUGUUGAUAUUUCGACAUAUCAUUUAUUGCCACAUAUAAAGUAAGGUUAGGAUCAGGUCAGACCUUAAUGAUUUGUUGUUUGAUAUGAAGUAUAGCCAAUCCUUGAAAAUUGUGCCCUACUGAAUUUCCCACUGUGUAAUUGCAUGCAUUUAAAUGGUAUUGCAGCAAAAAUAAACGUGUGCUUUUGUGCACAUACUACCCCCCCCCCAACCUACAGUACUGUUGUAACAGGUUACAUCAAGCAAGAAAUUAUUUAAGUGUGUCAUGAAAUGAAGUAAUGUGCUAUUAUAACCACAGUAAUUUUUGCAGUGCAGAUUCUAUUUUUAUAGAUGUUGAACUGUGAACGCUAAGGGGAUAUACAAUACUUUAUUGUAAGACUGUUGGACGUGAGGCUGGCAGAAAGCCAGUUUUAUUGUAAAUAUUCUGUCCUACUGUGUUAUGGGAAGCCAGACAUAAAAAAAUCUGUGGAAAAAAUCGGCUCCACUUGCGCCUGCCCCAUCGUGAACAAUAAUUAUGAUGUCACCACAAAUGAAUUUUCCAUCCAGUGCAUUUUUUCUUAUCAGCUGCGUGAUAUGUACAUCUAUAUCAUUACGGUGACACAAUGCACUGUAUGUUGUUGACGGUAAUUGUCGUGAUCUAUACUAAUUAGUUAAUAGAACUAAGAGGUAGAGGAAACCACAGCUAGGAACACAGACCUGUUUCCUGAAAGAAUAUCAAUGAUUAAAAGUCAAAAGUUCGUUUGUAGCGGUUUAAUAUAGUAAACAAAAUCAUUAGCAGUCUGUUAAAAAACGAAUAAGGAUAUUAUAAGAUUCUUUCGCCAGUCACAUCUAUUUUUAUUGCUGAGUUUUUAUUAGCAUUUGCUCUCGCUUUACAUGUACGAGGCAAGUAGAGCCAUUUUGUGCCUCACAUUUUAAAAAGCUUCAACGCAUAAUUAAAUACUGUGCUUUGAACUUUAUUCUUUCAAUUUGUCUCUAAUGAUAUUUUCUAUAUGUAAAGAUUGAAACGGAAAGAAUGCAGACCCUUGCCACCCUGGCUACAUUUACUGAUAUAGGUGAUUGCAGUGUGGUUGGAAGCUUGGUGAUACAUUUAACUAGGAAUGUUUGUGACAUAACAUGUAUACACUAGAAAGGCUUGUCAGUGUUCAUCAGCUCUGAAUGUGGGGCUUCUCGUUCCCUGCCCCUUUAUUAGUUAGAUUAGAAGUACAUAGAGUAUUUACACCGUUUAGAGCGUUAACCUUCACAGGAAGUUUAGUUUGAGAAUGCUUUCCUGUCAUGUUAAUGUAGCGGAGCGUAUAUAAUAAGUUUUAUAUAUUUGUAAUAUUAAUCAUAGUGUGUAGGAUUGGUGAAUUAGUAACGUCGGAAUGAAAAUUUAAGUGACAUAUUUAUCUUGACAAAAUGCCUUUUCAUAUGUAAAAAUGCAAAUUUGUAUGUGUAUUGCGCAUGUACAAAAAGCCCCAUCGGUUGUUUAUAGUUUUAAAUUUUUGACUGCAAUGUUAUCAUAAUCAUGCAUAUUAUCUGAUAAUAUCAUAAUAGUUCGUAGUUUGUGAUUUUCAAAAGUCUUCAAUUUAGAAUCAUUAGUAGAAUCAUCGCUUAUCUAUUUUGAUUAAUUUGAUGUAUUCGUUUUACUAUGGUAAUAACUCAUAUAUCUUUACAUUCAUGUCUUAAAAUUUGCUCUAAUCGAAAAAAAAACUCAAAUUGAAAAAUUACACUUGUUUGUGUGUUGUGUUCACGAUCGCUUUUAGCUCCCCGAGCACGUACUCGGAAUGCAUACAUUGUAGCCUGGAACGUGGGUUGGGUACAUACGUAUGUUUUUCACGCUGCUGCGAUAGGUGCAAAUAAAAUAAACGAGUUCAAACUUUUCCCUUUUUUUUUAAUUCUGCACACUUUCUAUUGGCCUUGUUGUUAAUCGAAACAUGUGUGCACCGUAUUUACAUUUGCAUGUCAUGAAAUGUAAUAUUAAAUGUUUGGGUUAAUUGUAGCGAAAACGUGCAAAUAAUGUCGGAUCACACUACGUUACAGGUACGCUGCAUUUUGCAGUUAUCUACAAAUAACGUUGAACACACGUUUAAACUGGCAGCCGCGCAGCUAUCAAGGAAGUCGUAUCGUUUUCUGCCUAUAUAAAAUACUGUGCCGCAGUGUUCCAGUAGCGCAUAAAUUAAUCAAUAAUUAUAAUCGAUAUAACUAUAAACAAAAUGCAUUAAAUCGUACUUUGUCUAUUUGAUCAA